UGCUUUUGUCUCGGUCGAUUGUUCAUUCAAUUUCAAGAUGGCGGUAAGCUGGCUGCUAAGAGUUCUUCUACUCGUUUGUAGUUUCUUUGAGUAUUUAGCCGACGACAGUCAACGUGUGAACCGUUUUGAAUAUAAAUUCAGUUUCAAGGGCCCGCAUCUUGUAAAUAAGAAGGGGCAAGUGCCAUUUUGGACGGUUGGAGGCAGUGAGUACAGUACCACAGUUCAAAUUGUUAUUGUUUUAGCAUAUGUUUACGUAGCCUUGUCUUUUGUACACGUUGUGUUUCCUUUUAAUAGAAAGCCAUUUUUUUACAUUAUAGGUGCCAUUCCCAGUGAUGAUCAAGUCAGAAUAACGCCUUCUUUGCGAGACAAAAGAGGUUUACACAUAAACUCGAUAUGUUUUAUCUGAUUGUAUAUUUGUAAUGUCACUUUGUUAUGUACUAUAUUUGCUGCUAAUUUGGGCAAAACGGUCGGAUUAAUGUUUUCAGUUAAAUACAAUAUCGGAUUACAUAUGUAUGUUCAAGUUCUCAGGACUAAGCUUUAAUACUUUAGAAGCUUUUAUCAAAAAAGGUUGCUGAAAGUUUUGAAAGAUUGUUUGUAUUGCUAUUAAAACCUGGUACUUUAGUAAUUGAAUAUUAAUUUAUCGCCACAUUUUAUAUAAAUUAUUCAGCCAGGCUGUUGCUAAGUUUCAUAAAAGUGUAGUGAAAGUAUUUUCAUAUUUAAUGUAUUUUUUCUGUUAUAAUUAUUAACAAUAGGUACAAGAAUUUUGUAUAAAUUAUGCAGUGCAUAUAUCAGUAGUGUGCAACAGUCUCAAGGGGCUGUUAAGGGGGUUGAUGUUAAGAUUUCAAAAAUUAGUGAUGAUAGGUCUAUUUCUAUACAAAUAUGGGGAGUCCAAUGGCAAAUCAUCUAGUAUUGCAGUGGGCUGUCUUUGCCAUGUAUUGAGUGAAAUUUCAAUUGAAAACAGGGGUAUACAAAUCCGCCGAUCCGCCUAACUUUGAAGCAAAAUCCGUGAUCCGACAAUGAUCUUGUCUAAAUUUGAAUCUGCUAAAAGCUCCGAGCCAAAAUAUUAGAUUAAUCUACAAUCCGCUGUAUUAAUAAGAUCCUCAAAUCUGUGUGUAAAAUAUUCGCCAGAUCCGAAAUCCGAACAAUUAUUUCUGUGAAAUUGGACGAUCCGAAAACCUAUUAACCCCCCCCCCCACAAGACACAAGCAGAUAUAAAAUUAAUGUAUACAACAACAUACAGAUCUGACAAAUAUUUAAGUGCAAGAUCAAUAAACCACAGUGUGGAUUUUGGAUGCAAUAUUUUAAUCUAUCUGAACUAUUUUUUGACUUCCCAUUUCGUAUUUUCAUUCUGUAGGAUACAUGUGGUCUAAGAAUCAAUAUUCAUCAGAUUCAUUUGAAAUUGAAGUCACUUUGAAGGUUACUGGCCAAGGACGUGUUGGUGCUGAUGGGAUGGUGAGUUUGAGAUGUUACUGUAAUGCAUAAUAGAUAUGUAUAAGUUAAAUUUAUAAGUUACUUUCUGGAAUUGCCAGUGAAAUAUGGAAAUUUUCACUGCACACAUGUAGUUAUCUAUUCUUUGUAACAUUUCCAUUGAAACCCGAACUUUCCUGGCAAAUAUGAUUUGGCUUUUUGCAUAAAUAUGCAAGAGUUUUCAUGUUUAUAAGUUGGAAAAAAUAGGUACAUUUUAGAGUACAUGGACACAGAAUAGGAACCUUACAGAAGGUCGACUUCUUGGUUUUGCCUAUGAUUUUGGUGUAACUAUUGGCUGUUGCAGUGCUAUCACCAUGUUUCUAGCCAGUGCACUUAUGAGAGGCAUUUUCCCCCUGGAAAUAUUCAGAAUGGCAGUUGUUCAGGGGGGGAGGUGAAUGGCUCUCGUAACCACACUGGCUAGGAACAUUGAUGACAUCAUUUUGACAAUGAAUCAUUGCGAAUCAUGGUGUGCCAGCGGUUAUGCUUGUUUGGCUGAGUUGGCUUUCUGUUUGUCUCUAUUCUGUGACAUAGGGAAAUUGCAGGACCAUCCAAUGUUGAACUAUAGAUGCAACUGGAUUGAGUAUAUGUUGUGUUUGAAAUGGGCCAUAACUGAUAACAUCUUCCACAUUAUGGAAGAAAUUUGUUGCUUGAUAAAGUUUUCUUGUCCCUGAAUCUGCUAAACCCGAUCUGCCCUGUUUUUCAGGCAAUUUGGUUCACAGAAACUCAAGGGGAAGAAGGUUCAGUAUUUGGCAGCAGCAGUCCUUGGAAAGGCUUGGGAAUCUUGUUAGAUUCAUUUGAUAAUGAUGGUCAAAAUAAUAAUCCAUUCAUAUCAAUCAUGACCAAUGAUGGUACUAUGUCAUAUGAUCAUCAUACGUAUGUAUUCAUCUGUCAGUCAUAUACAUUUUCAGAAUAGCACAAAAUAGAGUGGACAUAAUUUGAAGUGUGUGGCUAAUCAGCAGUUGUUGCCAAGGUUACUAAUUUUUCCCGUGGUUGCUGUGAGUGGUCGUAGGGCGUAAAAAAAAUACCUGUGGUUUCGGUUCCUGACCGACUCUAUUUUUUCUGCCGACCCUAUUAUUUUUUCAACACGAUUGACCAUGCAACCCUAUUUUCUCCAGGUGGUUGCGGGCUGCUCAUACAGCGUGCCAAAAUGGCAUCUGUUGUCACACUAAUUAUUUAACCAAAUUGCCUAAAUUCGUCCAUAUUGAUGUUGGGACUCUACUGCAAAUCGCCCAGCAAAAAACCGCCAAAACCAUGAAAAAAAUAUUAAAAAAAAAAUUUAUUUCCGACCUACCGACCCUAAUUUUUUCACAAUAUGAAACCGGAACCACAGGUAUUUUUUUUACGCCUAGUUACAAAUAUUGAGAUAUGCCUAGUUACAAACUUUGAUGUUUCGAGUGAAGACCCUUCGUCAGGAAAUUAGUAGCAAAUUUUGACUAUUUUGCAUCAGUGAUAUAUUGUGACUUUUAACUUAUUAUGUAGUAAUUGAUUUCAAUCUUGUUAGUAUGAUGCUAGACCAUAUUUGUAUAAUUUUUCUUUAGUGAUGGGGGCAACCAACAAGGUGGAUGUUUAAGAAAUUUCAGGAAUCGUCCUUAUCCCGUUAGAGUAAAAGCCCGUUAUUAUGAAAAUGUCCUCACAGUAAGUCUAACAUUUAGAAAAAUAUUAGAUACGGUAUAUUUUAUUUAUUUAAUACACACGAGCAAAGCUAGCAUUUUUGAUGAGCAAUAAUUACGUACACAUAGUACACUCCUUAGAAUUGUUCAAGUGAUCAUUCUAAGAUCAUGUGUGUGAAGGGUUAUUUGUAUCAGAGCCGAUUUUUGUCUUAUUGGUAGACAAUCAGAAUCGUUAGAAAUUAUUGGUAUUUCUGAUUGUGUAAAACUGAUCGUUGAUAAUUUGACACACUUUAAAAAUUACAUACAUUGUACAUUGAUACACAUUGCAGUUUAACAUAAUGUGUUAAAUUAAUGUGUGAAGCAUGCCAGUUUAUGAACAGUUUUAAUGAACUGUGGUUAAAGUAACAUGUUGCCACAGAGUAGAUAAGACAUACAGAGACGUAACUGACCGUUGUAAACACUGCUGAAGAUUACGUUAUCAUGUACCCACUUUUUUUCAGGCGACCGGGCGAAAAAUGAUCAACUGCGCGUGCUCAGCAAGUUUAAAGUGAGUCGUCAUCAGGUCGUCAUCCAAUCAGAUGCAUGCAUCUAGUAACUUGCCGAGCAUGCGCACAAAAAAAGUGGGUACACUAGUUACGUCUCUGUAUGUCUCUACUCUGUGAUGUUGCCUUAGAAAUUACAAAUGACGUCACACUCGGUCAACUGACAUUAUGACGUCAUUACAAAAUCCGUAUCUGGUGGAAUUGUUGCAUGAAUACGCGCAGUAAUAGACCUUUCCCCUUUUGAGUGAAAUUUUGAUCUAGACAAGUCUGGACAAAUAUUUCAUCACAGCUUGAAAGAGCAUCACAAAAUUAGUAAUAUUCCGAAGUUUCGUUGCGAAAUGUUGUAAUAAGUUCUUUGUAUGUUUGCAUGGUGAUAAAAUAUAAUAGGUUUUGUUUGUGGAAACACCACGUAAAUUUAUUACUGCAAAGCUUUCAAUCCGUAAGCCCGGAUCUUCAUCAGUGCUAAUAAUAUGUGACUUGUUUAAUUCACACGCUCUUUUUAUAUACAAAAGUGUCGUGAUCUGUUGGCUCGCGUCAUUUGAAAUGUUGUAAAAUGCGGAUAAUAUAGCCACAGAGUAGAUAAGACAUACAGAGACGUAACUGACCGUUGUAAACACUGCGGAAGAUUACGUUAUCAUGUACCCACGUUUUUUCAGGCGACCGAUCGAAAAAAUGAUCAACUGCGCGUGCUCGGCAAGUUUAAAGUGAGUCGUCAUCAGGUCGUCAUCCAAUCAGAUGCAUGCAUCUAGUACUUGCCGAGCAUGCGCACAAAAAAAUGGGUACACUAGUUACGUCUCUGUAUGUCUCUACUGUGUGAUAUAGCCUUGCGAAGUUUGCCGUUUUUCAGUCAUUUUGCAUUACAAAUGGAAAUUGAUAAUCAGAUGAUCAAACUGAUUACCAAUUUCCUGUGCGUAAUACAAAAUGACUGAAAAACGGCAAACUUCGCAGGGCUAUAUUAUCCUCAUUUUACAACAUUUUGCAACGACACUUCGGAAUAUUACUAAUUUUGUGAUGCUCUUUCAAGCUGUGAUGAAAUGUUUGUCCAGACUUGUCUACAGGCCUAGAAAAUAUAUUUCUCUUCCUGGCAGCAAAAUCCAAAAAUAAAAAUUUCCUGUGUAAGUCAAAUAUAAAACUUCCUGCAUAAUUAUGUAGAUUUCAGAGAACGUAUUGUGCCCCACAUUGUGAUGAACUAUCAACUUGAAAACAAUAUCACGUUGCAAAAUGCUUUUGAAAUUUUUAAACAAUAAGUAAAUUAUAUGGCAUUCCAGUGUAUAAGAUGACAAAAAUUUCCUGCAAGAUGUAAGAAAAUUUCCUGCAAAGAUAUUUUGGGAAACAUUUCCUGGCAGCGGUGCUGCUGGCGCUGCCGGACAUUUUUCCAGCCCUGUACUGUACUGUACUAUCCUGUCCUGCAGUGGCGAAGCUAGCCAUGGUAAUAAACUAUGGUAAUAAACUAUGCUAAUAAACUUGUACCAAAUUAGUGGAUUUCUAUAGGUUUGAAUAAUACAGUAAUUUAAAACUUUUGCAACUACAGCACAGCACAGCACAGUACAGUACAGUACAGUACAGUACAGUACAGUACAGUACAGUAUAGUAUAGUACAGUAUAGUAUAGUACAGUACAGUACAGUACAGUACAGUACAGUACAGUACAGUACAGUACAGUACAGUACAGUACAGUAUAGUAUAGUACAGUAUAGUAUAGUAUAGUACUGUGCUAUCUAAUUUAGUUGGUGAUGAUGUUGGAGCGGGUGAACUAAUCAUGAUUUUCGCUUACUAGUGGGAUGCAUUAAACAGCAGUAAACCUGAUGAUAAUUAUCAAGAUCCUAAAGAUGUGAAUGCUAUUAAAGAAGCUAAAGACAAUAUUGGAGAUUAUAAGUUAAAAACUGCAGGUGAUUAUGUUGUGCCUGAAGAUCAACGUGUUAAUGCUGAAAUCAAACUUAUGCAGUUGCUACAGUUAUUGGAUCAGGUAAAAAUUAUAUAGAAUUAUGUAUUAAACAUAUAAUUAUAAAUUAUAUAAGUUACAUUUUUUAUACAGAAGUUCGAGGACGUUGGGCUGAGGCUCAAGAUUCGUUCACACGGGACUGAUCAAUUCAUUCUGCCCUGUUAUCGUCCCAGCAAACGUUCUGUCCCUUCUCUCAUAUAGACAGGUCGGCCCUAACACGAUUUCACCUUUUGAGUUCAAACGGGACACAUAGACUAGUACCGAUUAAAUCCAGACAGUUGCAGUGUAAGAAAAUGGAAUUUGCGUGCUACGUUUCCCAAUUCGUCCACUCUCGUAUAUGAACGCAGUUCAGUUAGUACAGUUGAUGCUAGAGAGCCUCGUUUUCGGGAUAGAGCCCUUUAUCUUGUUACUGCUGACCUAAAAUAUAAAGGUCUUUUGUAUUAUUGUCUAUUAAUAUAACUUCAUGAAGUCGUAAAUGUAUCCAUCUGUAAUAAAAUAAAGGACUCUAAACCCAAUAUCUCAAAUCACGAAAACGAGGCGCCAUAGCCAAGGCUAACGCCUGUAUUCUAAAAGCUCACUCAUACUUACACUCAAAGAGUGGAUGUUCAAUCUGAGCUUCCUUUGACUGUCAGUGCUGUUUUUGAAUGGAGGGUGAGCUGUCACAUGGUAAGGUACGACACUAACCCUCCAGCUAGUCAAAAAUAGCACAGACACUCAAGGGAAGCUCAGAUUGAACCUCCACUCUUUGAGUGUGAGUGAGCUUUUAGAAUACAGGCGUAAUUACUUUCUGGAAGGGUGUAAUUAAAGCAUCAUCUCGAGUUAUUCACAAAAAAAUUACCUGGUUAUUUUUAGAUUCAUUACUACAAGAGAAAUUUCAACAAAAGACUUCUUGCUCUCAGAGAUAGAAAGUUAAGAAUCAUUGAGGAGGUGAGCUUUAUUUUCGAUGUAAAAAAUACUGCAAAAGAAAACAAUAACAUUAUUUAUAUUAGAGGUGAUUAAAUUGGAAGUUGGAACGCUGCAAAAAAAUUCAUACUAAAACUGAAAUUAUGUACAAACACGUAUUCACAAGGAAUCCGGAUUACCCAGAAACAAUUUGCAGCCUUUGCCCUCAGUACAGUAUAUGGUUCACUGCUGUUUGUUUAAUAUUGCUUUGUACCUAAUUAUUUUAAUGAUCUGUCUUCAUUGCAUUGAGAAGUCUCUAACAAGAGAAAAAAACCUCUGGAACCAAGGUACCUUAGGGUUUGCAAAAGUUUCCCAAAAUUUAUGGAUAUUGGCCACCUACAUUAUCCUGUAAAUUUUAGAUGAGAAAAGCAAUAUUCUGUGUGUUUGUUUUAUUGUUGGCAAGCCAUGUAGAAUGUUUGUUGAAGGGGUUUGUAGAUGGCAAUUUCGAGUGUACAUUUUAUACAUUUAUUGCACCUAACCAGGAGCCGUUGUAAAAAUGCAACUAAAGAUGACAUGUAGAACUUUGGAUUUUUCGAUUUUGGAAAGUACGCCAUGUCAGUUCCUGUUUCUCUCCCACAGGAAAAUGACAUACGUGGCUGCUAUGACCAGGCCGUAGUGACAAAGAGAUAAACCAUUCUUCUUUUUGAGGGCGUGGUUUAAAGUAUGUUAGGUGCAAGUAAUUUAAUGCCCUGCAACUUUCUUUUCAAAGGUCAAAGAGUGCGUCAAUCAUCUAAAAUAUAUUCAGUCUAAAUUGGAUGUGUCGCUUCACAAACCACUGCCCAUUGUUCCUGAACUGAAGCCAGAAGAAGUUCCAGAAAGGUAUCACUUACUCUAUAACGUGUAUUCAUAUAUAGUAUUAUUCAGAAAAUACUGCAUUUCGCAGUCUAAUUCUGUUAUGAACGCAAUUGGAACACAAUUUGGAAUUGAAAAAAUAGAGGAUGCGCAGCCAGGUUGAAACAUUAUUUAUUGAACGUUCUCUGACUUUACUAUAUUAAGUCAGAGGACGUUCAAUAAAUAACAAUUUGGAUUGUUCGGAACAAGGAACGCAACCACGAACGUGGUCCCAGGGGUUGAAAUUUACAUUUGCUUCUAUACUAUACUAUACAACCGAAAUUCACUCUUCUUUUGUGUCUCUGAGAGUCUGUUUACAGGCUAGUGUCUCUGAAUUGUCAAAUUUUCUUCGCUUAUUUUAAUAUUUAGUUUAUAGAUAUGAAGCUUACAGUAUGUAUUAUAACAAUAUACAUUAUGUUCAAAGGAAAAUGGAGUACACAAAAGAAACGCUGUACGCUUUCAAGAAAAAACAAGAUAACAAGACUGACAAACGUCCUGAUGAUGGUGGUGGUGGUGGUUUCGGCGGUUUUGGUGUCUCUGAGGUUUGUUUUAUGAUUCAUAACAACUGUUGCCAAGUAUGACACUUUAGUUAAGAAGAGUGUAUCACAUCUGAGUCCACAAGAAGCAGUUUAUUAAAUGUGAUUUGGUUGCUGUUUUUCUUUCUGUUUUUCUUUGUGAAUUAUUAAUGAGUUAGCCGAGUUACUAUGCGUUGUAGUGUGUUAAAGUUGCUAUAAUAGGCCUAAACGACUUCAAAUGUAAGAUAUAACUUCUCAAACGAACAUUACAAGAAGUAUUUAAAGAGAAAUUAAACGCAUACAUCAUACAAUCAUCAAUAACAGUGGUCGAUAAUAUAUUGUUGGGAUCAAGAUUUCACGGUGCUGAUUUUCUUGUGAUGUUUUUCGUGACGUUGAAAAAUGAAAUGACACAUAAAACAUUAAAGCCCGGAUGAAACGAGAAUGAGGGUGCAUGAGAGUUGGCAGUCACGAGAUCUUGGUUAGCUGUUCUUAAUACUUUCCCAACAUUAUAUGUAUUCUAUUGAAGUUAAAACAUAGUUGGAAUACUCAUCAAACCUUUAUUUUGUUAAUCUAGAGCUUCAAAUGUCCCGUGCGUGCCUGCCAACUCUCACUUGCAACUCUCGUUUGAGCGAGGCUUAAUGCAUGUUACCUGAUUUACUUUUUCUUGCAGUCAAAGCCACCACAAUCCACAGCAGGCGGCCGUGAUCGUACAUUUUCCAAUGUAUCUGUACUAUCUGGUGGUCGACCCAGGUCAAGUCAAAGUACUAAGACAGAUCCGCAUCUUUCAGAUACAAUAUCUGAAACUGUCGAGGAAUCACUUUCUUCUCUUCAAUUACAGUUACAACAACAGGAGCAAAUUAGGUAAGUUGCUUUCUUUCAUCCCUAAACAGUUUAAUUAAUACCGUGAAUAGGUUGUCCAUCCAUUCGUCGACAUCGUAUGGAAUGCAUACGGUAAAUGACCUUCAGCAAGUAUUUCUAUACAUACAAUAUUAUAUUAAUAAUAACGUUAAGAAUUCAAGUGCUUUCAUUGGUCGAGAGCCAUAUGGUCUAUUAGAAGACAGAUGCAUUGUGAAUUUCCAAUUUUUCAAAUUUCCAAAUGUUUGGGUCGAUAAAAAGUAAGCUAGUAUUUACCUGUUUAGAUUUUUCUUUUUAUUAUAUAGAACAAAUAGAUGAGAUUUUGCCGUUGUCUGUUCAGUUAUAGAUACACAAUAUGACGUCAUAAUGUUGAAAGAACAAAAAAGUGACCCACUCGCCUCGGCGGCUCGUGAGCCACUUUUUUGUUCUUCCCACAGUAUGACGUCAUAUUGUGUAUCUAUAACUGAGCAGGCAACGGCAAAAUCUUAUCUAUUUGUUAAUUAAUACAUGGAGUAGACUGACGCGAAUAUAGGCUGAUUUCACGAUGCACUAUUAUCGUGCAGCAGAUUGUAGAUAAUAGAGAGGGUCAGAUUUGACUUCCACCAUCACUGUUUGGUUAAUUGGAUCUAUCAAGAGCAUCUGAUUGGUUAAUUUGACCUAUCGAACGCAUCUAAUUGGUUAAUGGUCAAACCCUAACCUCCCUAAUAUCGGAGUGACGACCACCUGUUUGUCCAAAACGCUUACUGACCAACUGUUGGUCCAAAACGUUUCUGAAACGAUUUCUUUUUGGUAUUUAAAGAUAUUUUAACACGGUAGUCUAUCAACCUUUAGAAAAAUAAGUACUAUAUUUAAAAAAUAUUAAAAAGAAAAUGGGUAUUUUUUAUAGUGUCGUGCAUAUAUAGACGAAAUACCUAGGCAAUAAUCCUAUAUACGCUAAUACAUAUAGGGCCUACCCAUAUAAACAUUGACACACUUGCAUCAUGUAGUAAACAAAACAAAGAAUAAUGCUAUAGUUGGGAUGGUUUAAUUCAUUGUUUCAAUUCUAGCAUUUUUAUCUUAUUCAUUCCAGAAUUUACCUGCUCUAUAUAGCUAAAACGUCUCGUCAUAGCAUUAAUUUUAGGUAUUGAAAGCAUCAGCAUCAGGUCGCGUAAAUCAUAUUAAACUCUGUUAUUUAAACAUUUCAUUUUAUGUUUUCUGGGCGUAGCUUUUGAAGAGUUUUUGUAAGUUUGAGAAAUUCAGCGCUCUUCAAUUUUUUUGUCAGCCCAAUCUAUACGGAGGAGGAUUUCUUUGGAACGUAUGUCAGUCUAGUCUUGUUCCAAGCCAGCCUCUACUAAGCUUAUUUGAGAAAUAAAAUCACAGUUUGCGUUUCGCGACAACACUGUGAGUAAAUGUGGCUAUUAAAUAAACAGGGCGCGGAAUUUGGGCUAUUUCUAUUAGACUUUCAGAAGUCUAUCGCUUUGAUCAUAAUUAACUAUGCUUUGGUUGGCAUGUUUCCUAUCAGGUUCCCUCUGAUUGGUUGGAAGCGAGUACAUAUUAUAUAUAGAUCAGCGUUACCGACCCGUAGUUGGAAUCCCUUCCUAAUAUCUCAACAACACAUAAAAUUUUACAUUUGCAACACAUAUAAUUUUAUAUUUUGUCAUAACAUAAACUAUUUUACGUUUUAUUAUUUCAUAUUAUAUCUCAUGCAGGAUGAAAUACGAACAAGAUCGUCUUCUGAAGAGAGUUCAGUUUCUUCUUACAAAUUUUGACGGUGAAGUGAAAACUUUACGUCAUGAAAAAUCUCAGUAUGAAGUCACAUUAAAGAACGCUGAACUCAGGUUUGGUCAAUGUGUUUUAUUUUACUUAUGUAGAGUUUAGUUACUGCCCCUAUUGGUUUAGUUAAGUCAGGUGAAUCAUCUUUUAUUUAAAGCUGAUAAUGUGGAUAAAAUAAAAAAAUGAAGCAAAACAAUUCUGUUACAAUCUGCUGAUCUUAGGUACAGACAAAGAAAAGCGAUAUGUUUAUUUAGGCUAUUAGAGCCAGUGAGAUGUCCAUUAGAGCCAGUGAGAUUGCCCUAAAAAAGUACCAUAAAUACAAAUGGUCAGGGGCACUAUACGUUUUCAGGGUACCUUUCCCAUUAGAAUAGAAAAGGGCACUUUUUCCUGUGUUGUCUUGAGAAAAUGGCACUCUGAAUGGAUCUUAGGGGCCCCACCACUCUGCCACCAGGUUCCUUAACCACUUGAGGCAGCUUUUUGUAUUGAUUCACAGUUAUGGCUGAGGCUUUUUAUAAAUUAAACGGAAUAUUCUAUUAUUAUUUUAGACAUGUAACUUUAUUUGAAGAAUUAAUGUUGCUUAAAGAAUUUGAGAAGAGAGAAUAUACCUUUGCAACUCGAGUCUUAACCAAGGAAGAUGAACAAGAAGAAAUGGAGGACAAGGUGAUACUUCAUGUUAUCAUUUUAUUGUUGCCGUAAAUUUUGUCUGUCGACUGGUCAUGGGUUAGAUAAAUGAAACUUAAUGAAACUUGUUGUGGAGUCGAAUCACUCUAUCUAAAAUGUUUAGUUUUGAAUGUUCGAACUGAGGCUCGAACCCAAAGUGUAUCAAUUAGACCAGAGGUAUAUCAUUCCGGUGGAAAACAACGGCGAAAUAUCUAGCAAAUUUAGGGGUGUGGCAGUAAGGGGAAAACUCUUUCCCUCAUGAUCCUCUGUUACCGCCAUCAUUUCUCUGUAAGUAUUGCGUAAUUCUGCCUUUGUCUGCCGAGUUGCCUGCAGAGGAGGCUAGGUUUUCUUCGGAUAUUCCGGAGUAUACUUAGAUAUGGACCUUACUGGACCUCUAGGGAGAGAAGUUUCGAACUUCAGUCUAAAUAAAUGUUUUUUGUUUCUCGACUUUAUCUUCCAAUCAAUAACCACAGGUUGACGAUUGUCAAAUGAAGUUGGAGAUUAAGAAAGAAGAAAUAGAAAAACUACAGGAACAAGAGAAAUCUCUCCUCUCCGCAUUCUCCUCCAUGAUCGGAGAGAACAAUAAAUUUGAAGGAUUUUUGACACGAGUAUUUAAGAAGAAAAUCAAGCGAGCUAAGAAGAAAGAUGAGUCACGUGACGGGUCUGAUGAUGACAGUGAUGAUGAUGAUAGUGACGAAGAGUUUUCAUCAAGUGAAGAGAGCAAUUCUGAUGAAGAGACGCUGGAUGAUAGUAUUUGUCCUCCAGGAUGUGAUCAGGUAAGCACUAGUGGGAUAUGUAAUUACCGCGAGUUAAUACGAAAGCUGGAGAGUACUCUGCUUGAAAACUCGUGAAAGUAAAGUUGCGCUUGUUCCUCUUCUGUGUUUCGAGAGUUUUCACCCUAAACUAACUCUUUCACCUUAGCUGUGCUCUGUGAUUAGGCACUGCUCGAUUGCGUGGCCUCGAAUUUUCAGUUGGCAGGACAAAUAAGUAGCACCCCCUGGCCCCUACCUUCACUUCAGGUAGACGAUAAUUUCUACCACGUUCCUUUUUUAUAGUUUGCUUUUCGGCUAAAUUACAGUUUCUACAAGUGAAACAAACAAAUUCACACAUAAAAAUAUAGAAUUAUUAACGCUCUAACUGAUAUAGCGACUUGUAUACUGGAAAGUGCUGAUGAGACUAACAUCACUUACUCCUACUGUAGGGCACGGCUUGGAUAAUCAGAUUUACACAUUACAGAUUCACUGCCUGUGUUUUAACAGCUUGAAAACAUAACAUUCGAAUUUCGUACAGCAAGCCAUGUUAUCAAGAUGUUUAUGAUAUCUUUCUAGACAUUAUUUGAUCAAGUAUGUCAGCUGCGAGAAAGUCGUUUGGACAUUGAAGAAAGUCUGGCUGAAGAAAAGAAAGCGUUGGAGGCAUUGAAGAAAGAGCAUGAAGCACUAAAUAAGAAAUGUAAAGUUAUCGAGUCCGCUCUGAUUGCUGCAACAUCAGAAUUGGAAGCUUUUCAGGUAAAUAUUUUAAGAGUGGAGAGUUUUGAAAAUGAUAACAUUACCAGCUUAAGUCUUGACGGACUCGGUCGCUCUGGUUCUCUGACGACACUCAAUCGUGGGCAUCUUCUCUUUGGUUUAGUACCCUCAGAUCACAAUAUCCGUCCACCAUGUCUAUGUCUUUGAUUUAGUACCCUCAGAUCUUGUUCACAAUAUCCGUCCACCAUGUCUAUGUCUUUGAUUUAGUACCCUCAGAUCUUGUUCACAAUAUCCGUCCACCAUGUCUAUGUCUCCCAACUGUUCGUCCUCAUUAUAUUGGGUGUCACCGUGCAAAUUUAAAAAUAAUCGUGAUAACUCCUUGCAAACCGCGCAGACAAUAACAAUAGAAAGGGACUGAAACUUACGUUCAAUAGCUCCAUCUUUGGCUUCAUUUUUUUUUGACUCAAGUUCUCACUCCAGGUACAUAUGGAGCUCACUGUUUAAUCCUCUGUCUCCAAUCAUUCAUGGGGAUCUUGGACGUGUCCAUUUUAACUUGACUGGAUCUUCUUUCUUUAUCACAUACGAACCCAUCGCUUUCUUGCUUUUCUUAUCAUCGGCGUACUUGAGAUUAAAAGUGGUCAUUUGAUAAAUGUUUGGACUGUGAGAAAGGUCAUUUCAGAAUUCUAAGGGCUUAAAUAUUAGUGGAGGAGUUUUUUUAGUUAAGUGUAUAUAUAGUCAACUUCUCUUUGCUUUUUUUUCUUAUAAUACAUCUUUCGGCAUUUUCGUUGUUCGAGUUGUUGAACCUAUGAGUUUUGGAAAUUUAUGGAAAGUUUGAGUUUGAGAAGCAACUGUAUGUACUAUUUACAACAUGAGCGGCCGUGUUGUCUCGGAUAUACAAACUCGAGCCGAAGGCUUGUGAAACGUCUUGAUGAGAACAUUCGUAUUCUUCAACAUAACUGAAUUAUAUUUGGUGAGAAAAUUGAACCUAAAGUUUAUGUAAAUCAGCAUGAUUUUGUGUCAGAUCUCCAAACUCCUUCACGGUCAUGAUUUCUUUUGAUAAUGAGUUUCACAAAUACUUUUACUAUAAUAUCAAAUAAUGUAUCAUACCACGUCUGAAAGAAGUAUACGAGGUCCUUAUAUCAGGUGAUAUUGAAAAAGAUUAAGGUUAAAAAUGCAAGAAUGGGAGGAUGAAAUUAUAUUUUUCUUUCAACUAGCGUGAAAAGCAGCAGAAAUUAAACGAGUUAGAUGUAGUAGUGACAAUAAAACUUCAUCAAAUACAAUAUAUCAUCAACAACCUGAUGCCGCUCGAUCUCUCCACAUGUCUCGUGUUCGUUAGUUCUGAUCAACAACGUCUUCAGAAGAGAAUAAAAGAACUCGAGCAGGAGAAGGCUGAACAGAAAAGACUUUUUAGGUAAUGAAAAUAUAUGCAUGGACAUAAAUGCUAUAGAAUUAUAGAAAAUAUGUUGGUGAAAGGCAGAUUUGCUUUAUAGAAAAUAUGUUGGUGAAAAGCAGAUUGGUUAAAGUGUUUAUGGAUAGAAAUUUGAUUGCAUCUCUAUAGGCUGGUUUACAUUCUAAAAGUUUCUGUGAUCACAGUAGGAAUUUUGCAUACCUCGGCAGGUAAAUUCUAAGUUUUGAAGGAUUUGUACGAAAUGUUUGAGGCAACUGACUUAAGACGAAGUCAGUUCCCUCAAAAACAUUUCUAACAAAUUCUAUGCAAAAUUUACCUAUGCAAAAUUCCUACUGUGAACACAGACUUUGAUAGUGUACACCUACCUUAUGUUUAUAAUUUUAUUAUUUAUUCUUGGUAUUCAGAGAAAAUCGUCAGAUGCACGUGCAAUUAAAACGUGACAAGAAAGGAAGGGAAGCUGAGGUAAUUAAAUUAUUUAUUUUCUCAAAACAAGAACAAACAACGUGUGGAAGCAUAUACACCGGGAGACUAUGAAAACCAUGUUCAGUAACUUGCGCUCAUAUAAUGGUUGUGAACGGCGCUCAUAGCAAGGUGCUUAUUGUGUGCUGAUCGACGUGUGACUGUCUCCUCUACAUGCCCUCCUGAUCCAUCACUACACAAAAAUUCUGCUAGGCCAGCGGAAUCUUGCAAAAAGUCAUUAUUGGCAAUUAAGUACGCAAUAUAAAUUUGCAUAAUUAACUUGCGAUUUCAGCCAAUUAGAAUACAGCUUCCAACCAAAAUCAUAUCUUGGCACAAAUGCCUGAAAAUAUAGGAGCUGAAUGUAUUUAAAUUUUCAUAUGACAUUUGAUAUUUUUUCGAUAUCUGUAUCUUCGUCAAAACGUAACUACAAAACUUUCAGCUCAGUUGUAUUCGCUUUUCCCGAUGGUAACAAUGGUGAGUUCGUUACCAAUGCUUUGCAUUGAUCAGCGCGCCAAUAGUCGUCUCACUGCCCAUUAUAUAAGCAACCUGGGUGCAACUUUUAAUCCUAGUAGUGGUUUUGGGAUUUUCACUUCUAAACCAAAUUUUGUUCAAGUGAUUCGUCUGCUCGUAACUUCCCCUGAUUCUUUAGGGAUUUCUGUAUGUAUAGUGUUGAGAGAAUCGGAGUCGACGAACAGUUAAAUCUGAGAAAAGCUUAUACUGAUAAACAAUCAAUUUUGGAAAGUCGAUAUUCGGCAGACAGCGCAGUCUGCAUGACUUUCAUACAACGGGCCAAUCCAAUCGUUCGGCGUUUUGAUAAUGUUCACAAAAACAACAUUUUCUUUCAGAUAAGUGAACUUGAAGAGAAAGUAAAGAAUAUGCAAAUGUUGAAGUUUGGUAGAUUGGUGGAUUUGGAAAGAUUGGAAAAUGUCACUGUUAACAGAACUGCUGAGGAACUUAAAGAACGAUUACGUCAGCAAGAAUUACAGAAUGCCAAUGAACUUGCCAAGUGGGAGGUAAAAUAUCAAUAAAAAAUUACUGUGGUCUGUGGUUAUUAUGGAUUGAAAGCUAUGCAAAAUGCAAAUUAUAAAAUCUGGUGUUUUCCACAAGAACAACAUAAUUAAAAAGUUUUUUUGCCUUUUAACGUUUGCGCAUUCUUUCUUGAAAACAUCAUAAUCUUUAGGAAAGACACGCAGUAUAGUUUCAUUGUCAUAUAACUGUUUUCUGGACUUUCAGCAGACCGUCCUGAUUUACUCAACACCUGUUCUCUGAUGUUAUACAUCCUCAAAUGGAAAGAAACAGUUAAACUGAUGUGGCCAGAUUUAUACUAGAGACGUUUGGUCACUCUGGACGAACUUGGGCAAAGGAAGAAUAGUUCGUCUGUUCUGCAAUUCGUCAUCAAUCACGCCAUCCUGGCUAGUACAACCGGCACUUACCAAAACCUGAUAAAAACUUCCGGUUGUACUAGCCAGGAUGGCGUGAGCGAGUUAAAAUUUUCGUGGACGUAAAACAAUAAAGGAACCGACUCAAGUUACACUUCUGCUGUACCUUCUUUUUCUGUGCCACUAUUCCUGUUCAUCAGUUUAUGGCGAAAUUUGAAAUGUGAUAUCUUUACACGGAUUUAUUCGAGUACAUACGCCAGGAUAAGAAUCGUAUACGUCUAGUAUUGUAUAGAUGGGCCUUAAACGCGGACAGACAGACGAAUCAUUCGUCAAGACGAACUACAGUAUCUACGUCGUGCUUGCCUUAGUAGUUUAUCUGACGGAUGAUCUGUUUGUCGCGUUCAUACGCAAACGAAUGAUCUUUUCCCAAGUUUGUCCAGACUGAUCAUCCUUCUUGACCGUCGCCAUUACUGCAUGUCUUAAAAAUACGUUGUCUUAAAAAGUAGAUCUUAUAAAUCUGCAGUAUCGUAUGUGAAAAACUGGCACCUGCAACAUUUUUAUAUGCUUUUAGAAAAAGAUCCAAGUAUACAAACAGAAGCUUACUCAGCGAACGCGUGAGAACACUGGCAGAUUGAAUACUUCCACGUUGUUUUAUCAAGAAAGAGAAGAACUGGAGCAGAAACUGGAUGCCAAACAAAAAUCUUUGGUAUGUUCAACUCUUUGUGCGCACAAAAUAUCUUGGAAACAUGAAACAAUAUGUGAAAGUCCCCUUUUUAUUAUAGAAUAUUUUAAGGCCUGUUGAAACGAACCCAAGAAUGUUGGCCCAGCGUUAUACAGCAAUGUUCAAAUAUUUGAUGUAACUCCUCCCUACAGUAGCAUGAGGAUCAAAACAAAACAAAAAUUGACCUUUUUUUAAAUGCUAUUUCUGAAAGGUUUAUAACGGAAAAAAAAGCUUUUAAUUUAUCCUUCGUUUUGAGUGCCAAAUCAAUUGCGAGUCCGUACAGCAAUUUUACAUAUAAUACGAAUAUCCCUAGACCAAAAAAUUAGCGACGAAAAAAUGUUUUUUAAUUUUUUUAAAACAUACUACUAUCAACUGUAAAACAUUUGCUAAAUUAUACACAAACUUUUAAUAAACCUUUUAAAAAGUCGUUUACAAGAUUAAAGUGAUUAAACCGAAAAAAUAUCACAGUUUCAUAGCAAAACGCCUUGUUUGUUUUUAGCAAAAAAGUGCAAACCCAAACAAAAAAACACGUCCACCUGUUAAGCUGUUACAGCUCAUUGAUUGAGUAAACGGCAGGAUUCAAUUAGCUUCAACCUUAGAGGUUUUGUGCUUUCAUCGAUUUGAUCCUUCACAAUAUUCUUGGCUGUCCAUGGCACUCAAAUAAAUCGAAAAGUUGACAAAAUCAAAACAAUAAUAAUAUGCAGGUUUUAAACCUUCGCCAUGUUGCCAUGGUAACAGCGACAUUGUCAACACCGAGUUCUAAAUAUUCCACUGAUGUUAGAUAUUGCCUCCAAGUAGAAAAGAAUGCACGAUCUGCAUUAAUAUGCCUGUACUGCAGAGGUGUUGGGCAAAUAGGGACAACUGUAGGGAGCCACCUUAAGGCUAGUUUCCACUCAGGAAAAUUAUCCAUGGAUUGGAACGGACAAAAUUUUUCUUGGUGUUAAAGUUAUUAGUUCCAACCCAGAGCUCACACGACAAAGAAAAAUUUUCUUGUCCGUUCCAAUCCACGGAUAAUUUUCCUGAGUGGAAACUAGCCUUCAAUAAUAGGGCAAAGAAACGUAUGCCAACGAUCCGCCAUAUCUGACUCCCAUGAUAUUUCUAGGGUGCUGAAUACAGUGGUAACAGGAAAGCAGAUCUCAGAGAAAGACAUCGUCUUAUUCAACUUGUACAACUACAAGCACAGGAAAUUGAUGCUUUAAAAGAUGAAAUCACAGUUUUAUCACGUAAAGGUGGUCAUAUUUUACCACCAUCUCAACCGCCGCUACCAUCCGCUCAAACUGCUAUCCCAAAUAUGUAA